UUUCUAUUUUUUUCUUCUCUCCUCUACUCUGACCCGAUGGUGUUCAGAUCCCCGCUAGAGCUCUUUCCCGCCCAUCUCCUCCUGCCCCGCAUGCUCUUACCGGAGGAACUCCCUGCUUGCGCACCUGCCUCUGCUCUCCCUGGGCUCCGUUUCUCCGCAGCGCAGGUGGCAGGUGUGUGUGAGACUCUGGAGGAGACCGGGGACGUCGAGCGGCUCGCGCGGUUUCUGUGGUCCCUGCCGGUGGCCCCAGGUGGUGCAUGCUUCAUUACAGAGCACGAGUCCGUCUGGAGGGCGCGUGCCGUGGUCGCCUUUCACACCGGUAACUACCUCGAACUCUACUGCAUCCUGGAGAACCACAGCUUUAUGCGCCGCGCCUCGCACGGUAAACUACAGGCCAUGUGGCUCGAGGCGCACUACCGGGAGGCUGAGAGGCUGCGCGGGCGGUCGCUGGGCCCGGUGGACAAAUACCGUAUCAGGAAGAAGUUCCCUUUGCCGAGAACCAUCUGGGACGGCGAGACGAACACACACUGCUUCAAGGAGCGGACGCGGGGCCUGCUGCGGGAACGGUACCUCCAGGACCCCUACCCAGACCCCGCGAGGAAAAGGGAGCUGGCGCGCGCCACCGGGCUCACUCCAACACAGGUCGGGAACUGGUUCAAGAACCGGAGACAGAGAGACCGCGCAGCCGCCAACAAGAACAGGCUCGCGUACCACGGGAUGCGACCGGGAGCCAUGCUCGCUCUGGCCAGGACAGAAUGCAGCCCCACCGGAAGUGCAUGCAGCCCGGAGAUGAUCCUCUCGGUAAUGGACAGCGACUCUGACUCUGACAUCUGAAACUCUGCCCAUUGAUAACGGGAUACAUGCUACUAAGCGGCUUGGAUUUCACAGAGAAUUCAUAUGGACAUAUUUAUUUUUGUUAUGUUAUAAGAGUUUGCUGUCUGAAACAGACCUACAUGAUAUUUACAAUGUGCAGAACAUCCAUCUCUCUCUUAUCUUUCGUUUGUUCUCUCUUCCUCCCUCUUCUGAUGCCUUUCUGACAAUCAUUCCCAGUCUGUGUCUAUCUGUAAAUAAAUUAUUCACCUGAUGUCAGGGAAAUUGUACAGAAGGUCCUUUGAAGCACUGUAAAGGCCUGUUUGUUGGUUUAUAAUUGACAAUUACGUACUUUAUGAAAAUACAUGAAGUUGAUAUAA